AUGAAUCUAUUUCAGCUCAUUUGCGACAUCAUUUGCGACAUACUUUCAUCGCUCAUCUUUCCUCAUGCAAGGGAAAACGAGUUGAGUUUGUUGAACCAACUCAUCGACCUCGAGCAAAGCACCUACGACGACUACCACAGCAAGCUGGUGGACAUGGGAAUGGACUGGAAGGAGCGCUUCGAGCUCUCCGGUAUGCGCCGCCCCGCGUCGGAAACUUUUACUAGCGGCCUGCGAAAAGACUCUGGCAGCUGGAGGACCACCAGGGACGUCCGAGCCCGAUACGUCGAUGACCUGAAGGAGCUCAACAGGGACCUGCAUCGACGCCUCGACGAGAGGGGGGGUUAUCAGGGCAGGAGAGGGAUGGAGCGGCCUGACAAAGUCUGA